GACCCUGAUAACUUUCCCAAUCCAGAUGACUUUAAACCGGAAAGAUUUUUAGCCGAAAAUAUUGCACACCAUUCCUAUGCGUACCUACCGUUUGGGGCCGGACCUCGAAAUUGUAUUGGUAUGCGACUGGCCCAGAUGGAAGUCAAAGUGGCCUUGAAACCCCUCGAAUGCCACUUCACUGGAGCACUCAUUGUUCCCAAACAGGUCGAGCUUACUGUACAAAAAAGGUCUUUAACUUAAUUGCCUUGAACUGUACAAGCUAAUUUCUUAAUGAUAUUAAAAUGUUCAUAAUUGUUUGACAAAGGUUUAUUUUGAGUGCAAAAUUAUUAUAUUUUAGGCAAUUAUUAUAGACAAUUAUGGGU